UAUUCAUGUUUAAAAUAUAUUACGCCUAAUUAAACACAAAAUAAUAUAUCAAUUGCAUCCUUAUUGUGUUAACAAAACAAAAUAAGCAAAAAGCAAGCAAAACUUUUAGGCUGCUUUCGGAAGUAGCCUAAACAAUUAUUAUAUAUAUAUUUUUUUUUUACCAGCCAGUAGCCUAUUUAAUACCUACACAAAUCAUGAGUCAAUAGAGUGAGCGGGCACAGGCUGGGUUGCCGUCUCCGCGUUUCCUCUCCCACUGCAGCUAGGGAUUGAGUAACAAAUUGAUAAAACAGUGUAUCACUUAUCCUGAUAGCCACGGUUCCCCCCGGACCUGUCUGUCCUCUCGCAGAGAGGCGGACCAAUCACAGGCCUAAGGCUUGUUAGUUGUUCCUUAAAAGCACCUGUCUUCAUAACACCUGGCAGACGAGAGAACUGCUUUACGCAUGCUCCUCACUACAGACGCGCUGCUCAACCAAUGGUCUUCAAAUCUUUUCAGAGAUAAAAAAGCCGCCGCAUCCGUGGAUCUGACAGAUUGCCUGAUCUUCACUAAUGACUGAGGACAUAGCAGGAAGGAACCAGAGGAGACACAAUGCCUAGGUCUUUCUUGGUGAAGAGCAAAAAAGCCCACAGCUACCACCAGCCACGAUCUUUGGAGGAUGACCACAACAGACUUGAUACUAUUUUAGCUCAUAUAUGUGCAGGCGACACCGCGGGCGCGUGUUCACCGGACUCUCACCUGGUGGUGGAUCACGCGGAUCUUUCUUCCAGGUCUCCUCUCAGCUGUGGGGGAAGCCUGUGCGACCGCUCCUCAGAUUACGAAGACUUUUGGCGACCUCCAUCACCAUCAGCAUCACCUGAGUCAGAAAAGUCCUUUUCUCCCUCCGCUGAAGAAACACAGCCCUUCGCCGUCCCCUUCAGACCUUACGCGUGGAGCAGGUACUCUGGAUGUGAAAUCCGACAGCUGGUCCAGCAUACUUUCAACCAUCACCACUCUCUGGAUCUCGAGCGCCCUACUCCUCCAGCCUAUUACAAAGACAGCGUGGUCGAGUCCUCUCUUUUCACUGAAAGAGGAUCUGGCGCUAGCAUUUACAACAGUUAUAGCUCCACUGGCACCCUAUUCGAGCGCGCCACUGCCUCUGGACUUUAUGAUGAUAGCAACACACUGGCAAAGGGAACGGAGGUGAAAGCCAGCUCUGAUGUGAUGUGCAGUCGUCUCCUGCUGAAUGGCGCAUUCAAAUGUAUCAAAUGCAGCAAGGUGUUUUCUACUCCACAUGGCUUGGAAGUUCACGUCCGGAGGUCGCAUAGUGGAACAAGACCUUUUGCUUGCGACAUCUGCGGGAAAACGUUUGGACACGCAGUCAGUCUGGAACAACACAGAGCUGUUCACUCACAGGAAAGAAGCUUUGAUUGUAAAAUCUGUGGGAAAAGUUUUAAAAGAUCAUCCACUUUGUCCACUCACCUCCUCAUACACUCCGAUACACGGCCCUAUCCGUGCCAGUACUGCGGAAAGAGAUUCCACCAGAAGUCAGAUAUGAAGAAACACACAUUCAUCCACACAGGGGAGAAGCCACACAAAUGUCAGGUGUGUGGGAAAGCUUUCAGUCAGAGCUCCAAUCUGAUAACACACAGUCGAAAACACACCGGUUUCAAACCGUUUGGAUGUGACCUCUGCGGCAAAGGGUUCCAGCGCAAGGUCGAUUUAAGAAGACACAAGGAAACACAACACGGAUUGAAGUGAGGGAACACUUCAGGACUUUACCAAACACUAUUGAACAACCCAUCGGGACUUUAAUAGUCUUUUUUAAUGUAACAAGCUACAAAUGCUCAUUCAUUAAAUCAGUGUUUUAGAGUAGGCAACUAAUAGCGUUUACAUUAGUUGUAGAGCUGUUUAUGCUUUGUGAGAUUUGCCUGAGAGUCAGCAGCAGACCAGCAGGUCUGGUAGCUUUCAUGGUGAUGUUCUGCAGGGUAUAUCCCAGUGUAUCUCGAUCCAAAUCAAUAGCCCGCUGCAGAGACAUGCCAGGCAUCGUGUCUGAACCCAAAAUAUUAUCACCAAAAUAAUUAGGGACGAAAUAUAACCGCCGCUAGAAAGGACACUGUAUCACCCAAAAUAUCAGCUGAAGGAGAGAAAAAUCAGCGCAUCUCAAAAGAAUGUCACUUUGUUUUCAACGCUGCAAAGGGAAUGCUGGCAAAACAAGCACUACAAUAGACUGCGAGAUUUCACCAAUAAAAGAAUUGUUUGUGUACUAUAGCGCAACUUAAAUGAUUUGGCAACUCGCCGAAGUUUUUCCAUUCAUCAUGUUUUUUCUUUUCUAUUAGGUUCGUUUUCUUUAACGCAACGCAUAAACAAAUAGGCUAUGUAAGAACUCAACUGUCUUUUAAAAUGUAUUAAAUCGAUAAAUUAAUUUAAAUUAAUUUUGUUUUAUAUCAUUUACACUAUUUAUUGGAAUAAAGAAUUUUACGUAGA